CUCAUUAUCCAGGCAGAGAAUCAUCAGCAAAGGAUGGGAGCCUUUUUGGUUUUACUGGGCCUGCUGUCGCUCUGUACCCUUUCCUCUGGUCAAGAAUGUAAUCAAGAGAUUCUGGAGAAUGUGGAUUUCCCUGGCACUGAUAUAACAUUUCUCUACUCUCCUGAUGUGGAACACUGCCAGCAGCUGUGCACGCAGCACCCCUCGUGCCUCUUCUUCACCUUUGUUCGAGCUGACUGGACCACAGAUAACAGAAACUUCUACUGUUACCUGAAAUCCACCCCUUCUGGGCAGCCCGCUUCUCGGUCUCCGCUGCUUGGCGUCACCUCUGGCUUUUCUCUGAAACAGUGCAAUCCUGACCCACAACCAUGUCUGUCUGAAAUGUACGACAAUGUGGACUUCAAAGGGGCAGACUACAGAACUUUGUUCACAAGCAGCUAUGAGGACUGUCAGAGGGUCUGCACCGAGGACCCUGACUGUCGCUUCUUCACUUUUGUCAAAAACGAUUUCACGGUGAAGAAUAUUAGGUAUAAAUGUCACCUUAAAUUCAGCUGGAAUAUACCAAGGACUCCUAUUGUAGAGAGCAAGACUGGCGUUACAUCUGGAUUUUCCAAAAAUGCAAAACUAACUCCACAUUUUGAUACAGCAUGUGAGAGCACGUUUUUUCCAAACACUGACCUCCCUGGGAGCGACCUGCAGGUGCUGAAGGCCGUAUCUGCCGAACACUGUCAGAUCCUGUGCUCUGCUCAUCCACAGUGCACCUACUUCUCUUUCACCAACUUCGACUGUUUUUUGAAGAACAAUCCAAACACGAUGGAGGCCAGAGCAAAGGACGGAAUCAAGUCAGGGUUGGCAGCACACUCCUGUCACCUGGAUGACAGUUUGGUCAAGAUAGCAUAUGAAGAAAUAGAUUUCAGAGGUUCUGACAUUCGUUUCGAGCUGAUGGAUGAUGCAGACAUGUGUCAGAGCAAGUGCACAGAAGAUCCUGUGUGCCAGUUUUAUACUUAUGUUGAUAAACAGUUCUCUGACCGAGCUUUUUGGCGUCGUUGCUAUCUGAAGCGUGUUAUCACCAUGCCUGCUCCUCCCAAAGUUGAAAAACUGGUUGGUGUCCUGUCAGGCUUCUCCCAGAGAAACUGUGAAACAGCAGCGCGGUGAACUCCAGAUAAAAGGCAGAAGAAAAGGAAAUGGCAUUUUGGUUUACUUGUAAGUGAGAGAAAUAAUGUACCUCACUGCAAGCUCACUUUUGCUGCAAUUCUUCUUCGAUUUGUGUCCUUGUGUUUUUUACAUGCAUGUGCAAAUAAGAGCAAUAAAAUCGGAGUAUUAAAA